CGGAAGUCAUGUUCCCAGCUCUUUUUAAUCUGAAUCCAGGAGUCUCGUCGCGACAAUUCUCUCUCUCUCUGUUCCUGAGAAAGUGUGUCUGAGCUCCAGCACUACUGAUCCAUCAUCUGUGUGUCUGGAUAAACUUCUGAAUGGACUUUGUGCCCUUUUUUCUGAAGUGUUUACCUCGGACUAUAGGAGCUAGCUUAGCAUGCUAGCUGGAAACACCAGAGCAACACUAGUCAGAGUGAGAGUUUGAUGGAGAGAAACAGUGCGUUUAACGGAGUGUGCAGGAAAAGGUGAUUUAGUCAACAUGAGUACAGUCCAAAUGCUGCUCGCGUUGAAGAAGCAGCGACUCACUGCUGCUGCUGAAGACAUCUUUGUUCUGUUUGAAAAAACGAUGGCAGAGUACGAGGAGGAACUGUGUCGUUCAAAAGAGAAGAACGAGAGACUCCAGAAACUACUGGACUCUGUUGUACAGCCUCAGCUUCGGAUUCGCAAAGCAGACGUCCAGCAGCUGGUGGUGGUUACAGAAAAGGUUCUCCCUGAACGGCAGGAGUGGAGCUCCAAUCUGGACCAGGAAGACCCAGAGUCCCCCCCUGACAUUAAACAGGAACAGGAGGAACUCUGGAGCAGUCAGAUGGGAGAGGAGCUUCAAGAGCUGGAGGAGGCUGAUAUCACCAAGUCUGCAUUCACUCCUGUCCCUGUGAAGAGUGAAGAUGAUGAGGAGAAACUUCAGUCCUUACAGCUUCAUCAAAGACAGGCUGAACACAUGGAAACAGGAACUGAUGGUGAGGAAGGUGGAGGACAAGAACCAGCCAGGAACUCGGAUCCAGAGAGCAGUUUACAACCAAAGACUGAGCACAACACUGAAGACUCUUCUGAACCAGACACUGAAGACUCUUCUGAACCAGACACUGAAGACUCUUCUGACACAAACACUGAAGACUCUUCUGAACCUGACACUGAAGACAGUGCUGAUUGGAAGGAGACCAAAGAAUCUGCAUCAGGGUCAAACUCACUGAUAAACAGACAACUUUCUGUCAGUGAUUCAAGAUGUAGUGCUGGAAAGAAAGUAUUUGACUGCUCUGUGUGUACGAAAUCUUUUACACAGAGUGGAAAUUUAAAGGCACACAUGAGAAUCCACACAGGAGAGAAAAUAUUUGACUGCUCUGUGUGUACGAAAUAUUUUACACAGAGUGGAAGUUUAAAGACACACAUGAGAAUCCACACAGGAGAGAAACCAUUUGACUGCUCUGUGUGUACGAAAUCUUUCACACAGAGUGGAAGUUUAAAGACACACAUGAGAAUCCACACAGGAGAGAAACCAUUUGACUGCGUUGUGUGUACAAAAUCUUUUACACUGAGUGGAAGUUUAAAGAAGCACAUGAGAAUCCACACAGGAGAGAAACCAUUUGACUGCGUUGUGUGUACGAAAUCUUUUACACAGAGUGGAAGUUUAAAGAAGCACAUGAGAAUCCACACAGGAGAGAAACCAUUUGACUGCGUUGUGUGUACAAAAUCUUUUACACUGAGUCGAAGUUUAAAGAAGCACAUGAGAAUCCACACAGGAGAGAAACCAUUCAGCUGCUCAGUUUGUGAGAAAGGAUUUACAAGGCGAAGUAUUUUCAAAAGGCACAAGUGUGUUGGUCUUCAACCCUCACUGCUUCAAUCUCAAUCAAAGUCAAACUGAGGAUAGCAGAGUUUUCAGACUCCUGAAGAGUAUUAUAUAGAUUUUUAUUUCUAAAUGUUUUGUAUCAAUGCCUUCCUGUUCAUAAACUGUUUUAAAUAAAUUGUAAUCUGAUUGUA